AUGAACUUACAGAUGGUUGACGUUGCAGCUGAGCUAUGCUUGGCCAGUCUGACAGAUUGUGCAACCCUUAAGCCACAUGAGAUCUAUCGUGCUCUGGCUCAAUGUGAAGAACACUCUUCAGCAACCCUAGAGCGCGGGCUGGUCUGCAUUGAGCGUGGCGCGAACCAUUCGCCUUAUGGAAUCCUUCCAGAGAUCCAUUUCCAGCUGGCUCGUCACUGGUUCACUUUUUACAGAAAGGCUGCACAACAAGCUUGUGAGGCACGGUCUACUGAAGAGAAGUUGUCUGAUGCCCGUUUUCGACUUGACUCCAAUUCGACUGACCUAUUCAACAUUGAAAAUAAUCGUCACCGAACUGCUCCUUUUGAUAAUUACACCUUUAGUGACACCAUUCUUACUGAGACAUCACCAAGUUUGCCAUUACCUUCUAUGAAUACGAAUGGUUCUGGUUCACAUUCUACUUAUUUGUGCGACCGCAAUGGAAACGUAAAUGGUUUAGCUAUUUCUCAGCAAAGCUCUAUUGCUACGAACCACUCAGGUCAACCGAUUCUAUCUACUGGAUCUUUGGCAGCUGAGGGCGGUUCGGGAGACCACAGCCUAUGCGCAAACUCGAAUCGAAAGAACUUUGAACAGUUUUUUCUUCCUCUUAUGUAUUAUCCCUCAGCAUCCCUUAUUCCACAACCCUCAGCCUCUGUAUAUCCUUCCAUAUCAGAAAAUCAUCAGCAACCAUUGCAUCAAUUGCAUCAACCAAAUCAGCAAAUACCGGCCAAUUGGAGAUUCUCUACAUUAUCGACACCUCAUAUAGGUUCAUUCAAUUAUCAGUCAGAUCAAGACGCUUUCGCCUCAGGGGGUUUGAUCUCAUCUGCAUCUUACACAUUCUAUCCUAGAACAGCUACAGAUUCUGUCCAAAGCAAUCAAUACUCCACAAACCCUUCGGACUCAUGCCUAUCAAGUAGGCCACAACCUCUUCAACACUGUCAUUAUGCUGCAACUUUGAAUAAUGCUGCAAACGUUGUAAACUCUAUUCAAGAUUAUUCUCAUCAGGAUCAACCUACUCCAAAUCAAAUCUGCCAUACUGCCAAAUCAUCUCUUUUCCAUCAGGUGAGUGUCUUUGACAUGAUGGCUUAUAUUUACUGA